AUGGAUCUGAAGAAUGACUCUGUGAUAUCUGAAUUUAUCUUGUUAGGACUUACCAGUUCAUGGAGUCUUGAGAUUUUAUUUUUUGCAAUCUUCUUCCUGGCUUAUGCAUUAAUCAUGUCCGGAAACAUUCUUAUUAUAAUUAUUGUGAUCUUUGACUCCCAUUUGCACUCCACCCCCAUGUACUUCCUCUUGGCCAACCUCUCCUUUCUUGACAUGACUAUUUCUACUAUUACUGUCCCUAAGAUGAUCAGAGAUUGCCUCAGUGAAUACAAAACCAUCUCCAAAUGGGGCUGCAUGGCCCAGAUGUUUUUUCUCCAUUUCUUGGGGGGUAGUGAGAUGACUCUCCUAAUAUUCAUGGCAGUCGAUCGAUAUGUUGCAAUAUGUAAACCCCUCCACUACACAGCUAUCAUGAACUAUCGAACACUGGUAGCCUUUGUGCUGCUUUCCUGGGUUGUGGGUUUUGUGCACACAAUGAGCCAAAUGGCUUUUACUGUGAACCUGCCCUUCUGUGGCCCCAAUGUGGUUGACAACAUUUUUUGUGAUCUUCCUCUGGUGAUCAAGCUUGCCUGUGCUGACACCUAUGUCCUGGACCUGUUGGUUAUUGCUGAUAGUGGGCUACUCUCACUGAUUUGUUUCAUCCUCUUGCUUGUCUCCUACACCGUCAUCUUGGUCACUGUCCACCGUCGCUCCUCUGGUGGGCUCACCAAGGCUAUGUCUACUUUGUCUGCUCACAUCACAGUGGUAACCCUCUUUUUUGGGCCAUGCAUUUUCAUCUAUGCUUCCCCGUUCAGUAGCUUUUCAGUGGACAAAUUUCUCUCAGUGUUUUACUCAGUGAUCACUCCUCUCUUGAACCCAAUCAUCUACACCUUGAGAAAUCAAGACAUGAAGGCAGCCAUAAUCAGACUGAGGAGCCGACACAUCGGCUCCAGCCAAGUGACUUAA